AUGGCAGAGAGAAAGGUGUUGAAUAAGUACUAUCCCCCCGAUUUUGAUCCUGCGAAAAUUCCAAGAAUGCCCAAAAAUCAACAAAUGAAGGUCAGAAUGAUGCUUCCGAUGAGCAUUCGCUGCAUCACUUGCGGCAACUAUAUUUACAGAGGCACAAAGUUCAAUUCACCCAAGGAAGAGGUGAUUGGAGAAACGUAUCUUGGGAUUAAGAUCUUCAGGUUUUAUUUCAAAUGCACCCAAUGUGCAGCCGAGAUUACCAUUAAAACAGACUCACAAAACUCCGAUUAUGUUGUUGAGUCUGGUGCCACAAGGAAUUUUGAGCAUUGGCGUGCAGAGGAUGAGGUAAAGGAAGAACAUCAGAGAAGAGAUGCUAAAGAGAUCGCAGAUCCCAUGAAGUCCUCGGAGAAAAGAAGAAUUGAUUCAAACAGACAUAUGAACAUAAUUUCUGCCCUGGAUGAAAUCAAGUCUAUGAAUUCGAGACACGCAAAUCUAACCCUAGAUGCAAUUUUUGAAGCCUUGCAGCGAUCAUCUCCAUUACAGCAGGAGGACAAGCUUCAAGAAGAGGAUCAAGCCCUUAUAAAAUCCAUCUUCCAUGGAUCAAGAAAGUUUAAGAAGAGGAGGGUUUCUGAGAGCCUAACAAAUUACUUGACAAAAACCAGUAUUGAUCAUGACACAUUGAACAAAAGAGAAGAUCGAAGGGGUUUGAGAAGUUUUGUUUUCAAGUCUUCAGCAGUGAAGUUUUCUGUUGUGAAGAAGCCAUUAGAGGCUGGAAGUGCAAAAACACAAGCAAAUGAAAAGAAGCAAGAAGAUGAUAAAGGCAAAAAUACAAGUAAUGCAUUGGGAUCAUUAUGUCAACAGUAUGACAGUGAUGAUGAUGAAGAACAAUCGUUAUGCCAAAGUUAA